AGAGCAUUCUAAAAAUAAAUCUCUAGAACUCCACUCUGAGUACACUAUCAACUUCAUGUCAUCAAUAAGCGCAAACUAGCUCAACUCAAUUACUCAAAAAAUCCACAUCCAUGUUCAUUUGGAUUGCAUGGCAGUUACUUCAAAAACUACUGUUAAUGGAAACAACAUCACCAUCUUCCAAGAUAAAAGUAGUUUCCAACUACAGCUUAUUAGCUCUAAGAAAUGCAUGUCUGCCACUUCCAAUACUACCGCAUCAGAAAGACAAUUCAGUAGUUGUCCUUCCUAAUAAUAAGACUAAAAAAAUGAUUUUUUUUUUUUACAUCAGAUAUUUCAUGAUGUAACGACUACUCUUUCAACCUACUAUUUCAUCCACAUAAUCUUGCAGGUCACGUUCAGAGCAUAGGAUACAUAUAUGAAAUCCUGUCUGCCUUCAGUAUAAAUAUCUUCCCUACCACUUCUUUGAUUUCCAAACCACCAUAACAUGGCUUCCAAUUGCUGGAAAUCCUAUUUACAGUGCUUUCAUGAUGAGUUUCAAAUGGAAAGUGGUAGCUGUAGCUUCUCUAGUGAUAUUUUGCCAUCCCUGGGAGCAACCAUAAACAGGUCUAUAAAACUCAGGAAGUACAUUAUAUCUCCCUACGAUCCAUAUUACAGGGCUUGGGAGAUUUUCCUGAUUCUCCUGGUCAUUUACUCCGCUUGGAUCUGCCCAUUCGAGUUUGCUUUUUUUAAAUAUUUACCAAAUAACCUAUUUUUUUUCGAUAACAUAGUCAAUGGUUUCUUUACCAUUGAUAUCGUCCUCACCUUCUUUGUCGCUUACCUUGACCAUAAGACCUAUCUCCUGGUAGAUGACCCAAAAAUGAUUGCAAAAAGGUAUUUAUCAUCAUGGUUCAUCUUUGAUAUCUGUUCAAUAACUCCCUUCCAGCCAAUCAGCCUUCUAUUUGGUGAGCGCAGUAAUAGUCUUGGUUUGAAGGUUCUCAAUAUGUUGAGACUCUGGCGUCUUCAUCGGGUCAGUUCCCUUUUUGCAAGGCUUGAGAAGGAUAUUCGAUUCAACUAUUUCUGGACACGAAUCACAAAACUGGUCUCAGUAACUCUAUUUGCAGUACACUUUGCUGGAUGCUUCAACUACUUCAUUGCUGAUAGAUAUCCAGAUCCCAAAAGAACUUGGAUAGGUGCAGUGGUGCCUGAUUUCAAGGAAGAAAGUUUGUGGAUCAGAUAUGUAACAGCAAUAUAUUGGUCUAUUACAACAUUGACAACAACAGGUUAUGGCGACUUACAUGCUGAGAACACAAGGGAGAUGUUAUUUGACAUUUUCUACAUGCUCUUCAAUUUGGGACUAACAGCAUAUAUCAUUGGGAAUAUGACUAACCUGGUUGUCCAGGGGACAAGUCGUACAAGAAACUUUAGAGACAAAAUUCAAGCUGCUUCCGGGUUUUCAGCAAGAAAUCAAUUGCCUCGUCAUUUAAAAGACCAAAUGCUAUCUCACAUAUGCCUUUGGUUCAAGACAGAAGGAUUGAAACAACAGGAAACUUUGAAUGGCCUCCCAAAGGCUAUUCGUUCAAGCAUAGCUCAUUUUCUGUUUUUUCAGAUUGUAGAGAAAGCCUAUCUUUUCCAAGGAGUCUCCUUUCAUUUCAUAUUUCAAGUGGUUACAGAGAUGCAAGCUGAGUUUUUCCCUCCAAAGGAAGAUGUGAUUCUGCAAAAUGAGUCACCAAAUGAUCUGUAUAUACUUGUGUCAGGAGCUGUGGAACUGAGAACAUACAAAGAAGGCACCAAAAAAAUCUUUGGAAGAGCAGUGGCAGGAGACGUCAUUGGAGAGAUAGGGGUUCUAUACUACUGCCAACAACCUUACACAGCUCGAACUACAGAAUUGUCACAAAUUCUUAGGCUGAACAAAGCUAUACUAAAGAACAUAAUCCAAGAUAACAAAGAGGAUGGAAUUAUCAUCAUGAGCAAUCUUUUCCAAAAGUUAAGGUUGCAUAAAAGCUUAUACCCUGGAUUGGAGCCUAAAGAUCAGAGAUUAGCUCUCACAGAAUUGCUAGAAGGGUUGCCAAUCAAAGUAAAUCAAUGUUCUUGUGCUCAGCAUUCUCUCUUUUGCCAUGCCAGGAGAACGCAAACAGAUGAAGGAAUUUCAUUAUGCAGUACAGCAGGUACUGGUGAAACUGAUACAGUCAAUGAAGUUCUGAAACAUAGAGCUGAUCCAAAUUCAAUAGAGGCAGAUGAUGGGUGGACAGCAAAAGUACAUGAGCUGAAAUGCAAAAGGAACAAGGAUAUCCAUGGUCUAAAAUCAGUUCAUGAAAACAAAACAGGAUUCAGAUGGGAACAACAGAAAGAAAUUAUGCAAACAACAAAUGCAAGAGAUGUAAUGAUUUCAGAUAUAGUGAAAAAUUCCUGUCCAAGGAAAAGAAGAGAGUCAUCUGACAGUGGUAUAGAAAAGAUGACUAAAAGGGUCACAAUACAUUUGCAUUCACCGAAGGAGAUAGCACCAAUAGACCAGAAUGUAAAGCUUAUAAUCCUACCUAAUUCCUUAAACGAGCUGCUCAAGAUUGGUAGUGAGAAGUUUGUGGGUCACCUACCUACAAAAGUGGUCAACCAAGAGAAUGCAGAAAUAGAAGAUAUUAGAGUAGUUCGAGAUGGGGACCACUUGUUCUUGCUCGAGAUCUGAGAAAAUGACUGCAAAUCAAAAUGUGAAAUGGCCAUUUCCAAGGUAGAUGUUAUGACCUGCAAAACAUUCAUGAAGAAUCGAACAAUCUAUGGCCGAUAAAAACAAAAUAGUCAAAAAUUUUAACAAGUUAUGCUACAAUUUGUAAAAAAAAUGCAUUGCAAAAUUGAAUUUCCCUAAAGCAAUUUUAAAAGCAAUGGAUAUUUUACAAUUCAGUAAGAGCAUUUUUAUUGGUAACGAGGGUGGCAUAUUAAGUGACAGGAUCACUGCUUCUAGCACAGUUGCUACAGUAUUGAUGGUACAUAUCUGCUUGCUGAAAAUGAGUUACAGUAUGCAUAAAAUUCUACAAGUGUUGAGAGUAAAUUCUAUUGAGUAUCAAUGGGAACAUUGUAAAAUUAGUUGGUGUUUAUCCCCCAUUAAAUUAUUAAAAUGUAGCUUGAAAAUCAAUUUCAGAAAAAAGAUGAACAACUAUAUUGUACAUCUCAUGUAGAGACGGUAACUAUUGUUGGUAACUUAAAUGGACUUGGUUCUAGUAGUAUAUCUUAUGAGAGGUUUCAUGGCGUGUGGGGAAUAGAGAUUAAAAUGUGAAGGAGUUAUACUUGAUUUCAAUCUAGAAUACGAUGGAUGCUCAGAACCAUCCUAGGGAAACCUACUAAGAGGUGUUAGAGGGAAGAUGAAGAA